GUGGUCUGAAGUAGACGCUCUUGUAGUAUAAGGGCGUGGCGGGUUUUGAUCCUGCUUUCUGUGGUUUUAGUGAAAUCGACUGUGCGAAAUGGGUUUUAAAUUAAUACUAGUAGCUGCCUUCCUCGUCGGUUGUGCGACAGCACAGAAUUAUCGCAUCUGCAUACCGACCACCAGCACUCAAAUAUGCCAAAACUUAGACAACAUUGGCAGCCAAGUGAUUUGCGAAAGAGUAGAAACGAAGGUAGACUGCGCCAUAAAAAUAGCACGAGGAGCAGCUGAUAUUGGAAUUUUCUCUGAGGAGGAAAUAGUGCUGCUCGGCCACCAACAGCCUAGUGAACACCGGGUGGUGGCUUCCAUCAGAGAUGUCUCUAGACCAGAGCCCUUCGCCUUUGAAGCGGUAGCGGUGGUGCCUUUCAACCACACUGGUGGUCUUGAAGGGCUCCGUGGUGGUAAAUAUUGCCACCCUGGCUUCGAUCAAAAUGAACAACGCUGGUCGCCACGUGUCUUAAAGGCUUUUGAAUUGGCGGUCGCACGCACUGACCGUUGCCCAGAUAGUAGCACAGAUAGAAAGACAGCGGAAGAGCUGGAAGUGGAUACAUUGAGCAAAUUCUUUACCAGUGCUUGUCGCCCUGGACCCUGGAGCGCAAACACCACAGUCGAUAAUGACCUCAGAAAUCGCUAUCCAAGUCUCUGCUCGCUCUGCGGUGAGAAUGCCAACUGCUCCAGAUACACCCUGGACAUGGGAGUCACGGUGGCUGGCAUCCAGAACACCAACAGGCACAUCCAAGCGCUGGAGUGUCUCCGCAGCAACAACAACGGCACCGUCGCCUACGUCGCUUGGCAACACGUCCGAGAAUUCUUCACUAUUCGCAAUCCCCAAGACGCGACGUCGUUUGCUUUGAUCUGCGAGGAUGGUUCUCUGAGAGUCCUCACUACAGAAGUCUUGACUUCCGCUACAGCGCCUUGUUCCUUCGUCAAGCAACCCUGGAGUACCAUAGUGGCUUCCAGUUCAACCGCAGCAGCAGUCCAAGCCAGUAUGCGGGAAUGGUGGCCGAACGGUGCGAACCCUGGAGGCAACUCUUGGCAGUCGGUUCUGUUUAACGCCGUCAUCGGUGGUGCAAAUGCGCGCCUUACAUUUGAAGAUGGAAUUCCCACAACCCAGAACUACACAUCAAACGUUCGGAACUUCACAACAAUCACCGGUUCUUCGUCAUGCAUCCCGGCUCGUCGCUGGUGUACCAUCUCCGCUCAGGAGCACAACAAGUGCACUUGGAUCCGUAGCGCCGCAUACACGCUGGGCAUCGAACCCGCUAUAUCCUGCCAACAGAGGAGCAACAUCUUCGAAUGUCUGACCGAUAUCAGAGAUAACACCGCUGAUUUCACCGUCACUCCCUCUAAUUAUGGCUAUUUGUCCAGACAACACUACAGGCUCUCGUCAGUGAAGUUGGUACAGAACUCCCGCAGCAACCCGCUGGCAUUCACUCGCGUCGCCGCCUUGCUGCGCGAAAGCAGCACGCAGUCGAUCACACGGUUCGAAAACUUAAGAGGGAAGAAGGCUUGCUUCCCUGAGUUUGGAGGAAUUUCGUACGUGGCCUUCGUGCGCGCGGCCCACGAGCGCGGCGUCAUCAGCAGCUCCGAGUGCGACUACGGCCGCGCCGUCGGCGAGUUCCUCGACAGCGCAUGCGCGCCAGGCGCACUCGACAACUCGCACGCCCUCACCGAGUCCAACUACAACGCCACCAAUUUGUGCAGCUUAUGCAAAUCAUCAGUAUCAGUAGCCGGCGGUAACGAUUUCACGUGCGCCUACGAUGAAACAAACAUGUUCUACGGCAAUAAUGGCUCGAUACUGUGUCUGGCUGAUCCGAACUCAGACAUCGCUUUUGUGGAGCUGCAGAAUAUUGAGUCUCACCUGCGCACAGCUGGCUUGCAACAAACGGACGUACGAAUGCUCUGUCGUAACAACACACUUGCGGCGAGCACUGGAGUGACCGUCGACCAGAACUGUCUCCUUGCCUACGUGGUCGACUCCGAGGUGCUGGCUAGACGCAACGACCCUCUCUUGAACAGCCUCAACACGAUGCUGGACAGUCUUGAAAUGCACUUUGGAUACAGUGCGGCUAAUGGCGCUCAACUAAUCAACCUGGAAAUGUACUCUCCAUUUGAUGGGAUCAGCGACCUGCUCUUCAAAGAUACCGCCAUCGGCCUAUCAGAGCCGUCCAGCGAAUCAACUAGCGAACCAAUAAAGAACUAUAAUGAACUAUUCCAGCACCUGGAGUCUUGUACAGGAUCAGCUGCUCCCCUACCAGGGCUUGCGACGAGGAGCUUCGUCUCAUUCAUCACCCUGAUCGUGACCUCUCUUGUCGUACGUUUCGUUAUGAAUUAAGCGCUUUCGAACUGCUUGGUGCCUUGAAAAAUUAAAAACACAGAUAAUAUACGUUUUAAAACACAUGUAAUUUUUUAGAUUAAAAAAAAAAAACCACUUCAGUUAAUGAUAUUAUUCCAUUAUCUGUAUUUACAUGACAUUUAUUUUUUUCAAACAAGGCAUAUUAGCAACUUUUUUUAUUAGCUAGAUUAUAUACAAUUUUGUAAGUAAGUUUAGUACAUGUAUAUUAUAUAACUGUUUUAUGUAAUGUUGAAAGAGUGAAGCAAAAUAUGUUAGAGUAGAUUAUUGACAAUCAAGGACGUAAGGUGCGUUACCCUUGCCUUAUCAAAAUGGUAAGAAUUAAACCAAAAAAUAUUUGCUGUCUGUAAUAUGUAUUUUUUACUAUUUUAUUACUUAUGUUUUUAGAGUAGUCAUGAAAUUUAUUACAUACAUAUAUUUCAAUUAAACAAAUAUUUUUCCGAAGUGUAGUAAGCAGUGGUUGUUUGGUGCAAUACCUUUGCCUUUUCCAAUAAAAAAUAAUUAAAUUAUGAUAUUAUUUUUCUACAUUUAUUCAUCGAAAAUGUAAAUGCAUUUUAUAUUUAAAAUAUUUACAAAAAAAUACAUUUGUAAGUGUGAUUGUUUGUAAUUCCAAAUUAAAUUAAAAACCGAAAUUUAGUUUACAACUGCCAAGUGAUUUUGAAUCGUCAAGCGUUACCACCGAACUAUAAAGCCCAGCAAGCACAGACAUGACAAUGCUAUUAAAAAUAAAAAUAAAUUAAACUUUAAACAAUCCUUUUUAUAUUUAAUAACAAUAAACAUUUUUAGCAAAUAAUAAAUUGUAUAAUUAUAAUAAUUUUUAUUUAUGGUAUCGAAGAACGGCUACGCUACAACAAUUUAGACAUCCGUACUCGACGGCGGUUUAUCGCAGUCUGGCGUUUUCAAAGCUAUGCGUCUGCAAAAUUAGUAUUCUACAAAAUCCAUUGCAAAAAGUAUAUAUAUAUUGGAUAUAAUUUCGGUUCAUACAAGGGCACGCAUUGCAUGUGUUAGAGUGGUUUGAAAUAAAAUACGUUUUUUUUAAAUAAA